AUCUUUCAUUAUCCUUUUAUCCACAUGUUGAUGAAUGGAGAAGUCCGAGAAAUGACGAAAAUCAGAAAUUUCUUAUCCACAUAGAACACUAAGGCAAUGUUCAUUGAUCAUCAAAAGUCUUGUGAAUUGUAGCCACUAUGGCAGUCUCCUCACUCUCAAUCCGCUGUGGUGGUUUCUCACCAACAAUCUCCCACAAGACAGAAAUUCUCUGUCCAAAUCCAUCACUCAAAGCUUGUUGUUUACUUUCAUCCGGUGGUAAGGCCGACUCCUCGGAGAGUACUUACCAAAAAGGCAGCGGAAACAAUUGGAAGAGAAGGCAAGCUCUUGUGGGAGUAGGAACUUUAGUGGCAACUUCAAUUCCAGCAACUUUGCUUCUUGCUGAAGAGAUACCAAAAAGCUACUCGCCUUUUGUGGAUCGAGAAGACGGGUAUUCUUACUAUUACCCAUCAGACUGGAGGGAAUUUGACUUCAGGGCACAUGAUUCAGCCUUCAAAGAUAGAUACUUGCAACUGCAGAAUGUGCGGGUCAGGUUCAUACCAACGGAGAAAAACGACAUCCAUGAAGUAGGUCCUAUGGAAGAGGUGGUUUAUGAUCUAGUGAAGCAUAAGUUUGCAGCACCAAACCAAGUAGCUACCAUCUACGAUAUGAAAGAGAGGGUGGAAGAUGGAAAGAACUAUUACACGUUUGAGUAUGGACUAAGAACUCCUAUCUAUGCAACCACUUCCUUUGCAACAGUGGCAGUUGGAAACAACAGAUACUACACUCUCAUAGUUGGAGCAAAUGAGAGAAGGUGGAGGAAAGUGAAAAAGCAGCUUCAAGUUGUGGCCGACUCUUUGAAGAUCCUUCAGAUUUGACAAACACAAGAAACAUCUUACUCCUAUAUAUCUUUCUCUCUCUGUGGUUACAAAACUGUCUGUAGAUAACAAUUUGAUAUUUUCAUAUUCUCUAUAACUCCAACGAUGGUUUUGGCAUUGUGAGUUAGAUUCUGAGUUGGUUCAGUAAUUCAAUCAAACUUGCAAAUAAAGUGGAAAUAAUGUAUUUACA